AUGAAUUAUUUUACCGUGUUCAGUUUCGCUUUGACUUAUAUUAUUACACAAGGAUUGGCCAGUAGUCUUCCAGAAGAAUAUGAAGCUCAAGUGAAGAAUUAUCCAGAUAUAAUACAAUCCAAGGAACAAUGUUUACCACAACAAGGAAAUUAUGAAUAUUCUAGUACACUUGUAUGCGAUCCAGCUGGUUUAUUGUCUGUCUCACAAAUCAAUAUGUUAAAUGCCAAGCUACAUCACAUCAAAACAUCAGUGAAUUUCGAUAAACCCAGCUGUGAUGUAAAUAACCCACGACCUGUAAUAGGCGUAGCAAUAGUUAAAAAGGUAGAAGUUGAUAAUAUGGAUAAAGACAGGCUGUUGAGUUAUGCUGCAAUAUUCUCCUACUACCUAUUUAAUAAAUGGAACCUACCGUCUCACUGUCAUUCAGAAUCUGGUAAAAUAAUUAUAUUAUACUCAAAAGAUGAUGGAGUGUUGUAUACCAUUGCUGGAAACCUACUUCGACGCAAACUUACAACUAAACAGAUAAUCAAUAUUGCUAUACAGUCACGAGUACAAUUUUCAACCAGUAUAAGUGAUGGUAUCGCUUACAUUAUAGAAAAGUACAGGGAAGCAGUGGAAUCGAGAUCGAAGGACCUAUUCGACAAAGUCUAA